AUGUCUUUGAGCGAAGGUCUUGCACGUUUACGAGCAAUUCGAGGCGGUCAUCGGGCCGUUUUGACGAAAUAUUUGAACGAAUUAGAGGAACUACUCGCUACAGCCGAAAUAUCCGAAGAAUCUCUUAUGCGACUCGAAGUUUUAAAGCAACAAAUUGACGGAAAACAAAGGACAUUAAACGAACUCGAUGCGAAAAUAUUAAACGAGAUAAAAAUUGAAGACGUAGAAAAAGAAAUCGACGAAAGCGAAGCCAUUGACAUUAAAGUUACCGUAGCAAGGGAAAGAAUCGAACGAGCUAAGAAGCAACAUGCGACUCCACAGCAUACAAAUAUUGUCGAAAAUAGUCAAAAUACGAAUGAUCAUGGUGCGGUUGCUAUGGCGACGUCGAGCUCAAAUUUCACGAGAUUACCGAAAUUACAAUUGCCACAUUUUAAGGGUGACGUGACAAAAUGGAACUCAUUCUGGGAUGGUUUCGAUUCAGCAAUUCACUCGAACGGAGCUCUCAACAAAAUAGAUAAGUACAAUUAUUUAAAUUCAUUAUUGGAGGGCCCAGCUGCUAGGGCUGUACAAGGCCUUACACUCACAGAAGCAAAUUAUGAUUCAGCCAUAGAGUUGUUGAAAUCGAGAUUUGGGAAACCACAACAGGUGAUAAGUGCACACAUGGACGAACUUCUGCACCUUCCCAACUGUAAUCCUGACAAAUCGUCAUCACUUCGGUUUGUCUAUGACAAAGUUAGCAUACAUGUGCGUGGGUUGGAGUCGUUAGGCGUGUCAUCAAAGGAGUAUGGUAGUUUGUUGAUACCGAUUGUAAUGACAAAACUUCCCAAUGAUUUACGAAUGAGGAUAGCCAGGGAGACAUCAGGGGAUGUUUGGAAAAUUGAUGAAAUUUUAGAAAUUUUGCGAAAGGAAAUCGAAGCCAGAGAGGCUAGUGAGCGUUUUAAAGUAGCUGAGCGCCAAAAACACUAUGAACCCUCCCCUCGAAAGCCUUUACCAACCAUAGGCAGCACCUUAUUAAGUCAAGAAGAAGUUCAAUUCAAAAUUCGCUGUGUUUAUUGCAAUACCCCUCAUUACUCGGCUUCGUGUCCCACUGUGACAGAUCUGACCAAACGAAGAGAAAUAUUAGUUAAUGCCAAACGCUGUUUCAAAUGUCUAAGGCAAGGGCAUGAAGUAAGAGACUGUCGAAAUCCAAAACUCUGUCGUAACUGUGGGGGGCGUCACCAUCAGUCCAUAUGUAGUAAGGGUUUCAUACCGCGAAACCUUCCAGAGAAGAAUGAGCCAAAUAAGAAUGAGCCAAAUAAGGAUGAGCAGAAUAAGGAUAAGGGUGCAGGUAACGUGGGGAGCAAGGACUCUACACUGACUGUGGGUAAUCUAGUAACUAGCAAAAGGCAUGUUUUACUUCAAACUGCUCGUGCAGUGGCAACUAAUGAAGAUGGUUCAAAAACUUGUCCAGUACGUAUUCUCUUCGAUAGUGGUAGCCAGCGGUCAUACCUCACUGAUGAUUUAAAACGAAAAUUGAAUCUGAAUCCAAUCAAAACUGAGACGUUGUAUUUAAAUACAUUUGGUGAUUCCAAACACGAAAGAAAAUCCUGCCAGUUGUUUAAUCUGAACUUACGUGAUCGUGAUAAUGAGAUAACCCCGAUUUGGGCCCUCAAUUUCCCUGUUAUUUGUUCACCCUUACCAUCUACGGUGGACAUUUUUGAUUAUCAGCAUAUUCGUGGUCUAGAUUUAGCCGAUAGUAGUGAGAUCCAAGACGACCAUCAUAGUGACACUGUUGAUGUCCUGAUAGGGUCGGAUCACUAUUGGAGCUUUAUGUAUGGUGAAACUAUCCGUGGUGAUUCAGGGCCUGUCGCAGUGAGCAGUAAAUUUGGUUGGGUUUUAUCUGGGCAGACUGAGUUAACCAAUGAACGGGGUGUGAGACGAAAGGAGUCAUCAGCAAAUUUAGUCAUUUCUUCCUGUACCGAAGAUUUCCUCAACGACAACGUGCCGCAAAAUGAUCAACUUGUAGACUGUUUGAAACGGUUUUGGGAAACUGAGGCAAUCGGAAUUGCGGACAGUGAUGAUCUUAAGACUAACCCUGUCCCUAACAAUUUUAUCGAAGAUAUUGCGUUUGAUGGUCGAAAUUAUGAA